AUGUAUCGCUGUCGGGCCGACUAUCUCUUGCGCUGGGUGUGCCUUGGGAGUUUGGUGCAACUUGGUGCUUGGUGUAGAAAUGCCAACUUCACAGGUUUCAGAAGCACAGCUCGAGUCCCAGACUCCCAGUUGAUGCAGGCCUCACGUGAAGAGAUGCUUCUCACUGGUGAAGGUGUUCGUGUGAUGACAGGUUUAACUGCUGUAAAGCAGGAGGAUAUGUAUGCGAACACAGCCAUUGCCCUUGCUGGUGUUGCAUUUUUUGCAUACAUGUCCUAUGUCUUUUGGACCCGCAUCGCUUUUGGCAAACCCUUUGGCACGGCCGAACCGGUGAUCAUUCCGAAACCGGAAGACGCCUUUGCCCCAAAAAAGAAGCGCCCAGUGGGCAUCAAGGGCAAGGUGUCCAUAGGCCUUGAUUCGGACACCAAUCGUGGCAGGAAAGUCUUGGGGUUGGAUGCCCUGAUUUUCGCCUACAUCAUGUUUGCCUCGGCUGCUGCCAUGCUAGUCUUUGGGGUUGCGGGUUCCAAGACAGCAGUCAUUGCAUGUCAAUGCGUGGCUGCAAUGUACAUAGCCGCUACGCUCUACAAAGUGCGCGUUGAGCCUCGCUGCAAGCUGAUUCAAUGGAAGGUCUACAAGUUGUUUGGAUCCACCUACUCUGUGCUGCAGAUCCGUGAUGGAGCUCAUCAAACUCCUGGGCUCCUUCUGGACCCAGAUGUCAAGAGCGCCAAGAGGACCUUCUCUGUACUGCUGGAAGAACCACCCGAAGGCUUUCAAGGCUUUCAUGAUGGCAAAGUGGACCUGCCAGACGAGGAAAUUGAAGAGUUCAAAGAGGGUCUGUUGGAGGGCGGCUGGCCAUGGUCCAUCGCACCAGAUCAUCAGGCUUUCGAGAUUGCAUUCUGGUUGUGCAACCGCCGUGAGAGGCCUGAGCAUUUUCCCCAAGCGCUGGGCUUCGUGCGCUCGUCGUUGAAUACUCACCUACUGGGAACCAAGAAUGGUCGCCUGGUUGCAUUCGUGGAAUCAGAGGAGUAUCUCAGAAGGUGUAACAUGCAGAGGAAGAUGCCAACUGGUGUGGAAGAAGGUGAGUGGUAUGUGGCGACUGAAGCGUGUCUGCGCGGCUGUCUGAAACGACUGCUUCAAGAUCAAUGGGGUCGGCUUCAUGUCUCUGAGAUCAAGAAAAUGAUCCGCGACUACUUCGGCGCUGAGCUCAGUGAGACGGCCUUUGGCUUCAACAGUCUCUCACAGCUGCUGACGGCGGAGUUCAUGCAGAAGGACUUCGUCCUUGAGAAGGUGGCUGAGGGCAAUGGAGACACCUACUUGCGCUUUCGUCGUCGCUAUGGACAUUGGGGAGGGUCAGAUCCCUGGUGUCGGAUCGAUCGUUUGCAGGCCGGUAUGAAGAAGCUCCGUGACGUUCCAACUGUUCCAACAGCUCCCAGUGGAACGUUGAUGUCGGUGCUGGCCUCCCAGCCCCUGACAGCAUCUGCGGCAUCUACGGCACCAUCGUCCCCAGAGUAUGUGAAGCCACACGGACAGCUCGGUGCGCAGCCACGGGUGCUGGAUUUUUCUAAGGCCGAAGUGAAAGAGGCGAUCUCAGAGCCAUGCAAGAUCGAGGGCAUCUCAAUGGUCCUGGAUGCAGAUUCUCAAAGAGGGUCAGGUCAGAGAACCUCUGGGCAGACAAAGGAGACGGUGUCAACGAAGCGAGGAAAGAAAGGCAAGAGGGGAGAGGAGACACAGCCGAGCACAGCAUCAUUUGUACCUCCUAAACAGCACACUGCUAUUCCAGAGUUGCAAGAGGAGCCAAGAAAGUCAAAAACAUCAGGUGUUGCUGACGUGCAGACAGUGUCAAAGAAUCGCAGAGGGAAGACCAACAAGAAAGGAGGAAAAGAGACACCGCCAAGCACAGCAUCAGUUGCGGACGCUGGACAGCACUCUUCGCGCCCAAAAUUGCAAGAGGAUCGGAAAGAGUCAAACACCUCAGGUGUUGCUGACGUGCAGACAGUGUCAAAGAAUCGCAGAGGGAAGACCAACAAGAAAGGAGGAGAAGAGACACCGCCAAGCACAGCAUCAGUUGCGGACGCUGGACAGCACUCUUCGUGCCCAAAAUUGCAAGAGGAUCCGAAAGAGUCAAACACCUCAGGUGUGGUUGAUGCACAUGAGGCGUCACAGAAUUGCAGAGCGAAGACCAACAAGAAAGGAGGAGAAGAGACACCGGCAAGCACAGCAUCAGUUGCGGACGCUGGACAGCACUCUUCACGCCCAAGAUUGCAAGAGGAUCCGAAAGAGUCAAAAACAUCAGGUGUUGCUGACGUGCAGACAGUGUCAAAGAAUCGCAGAGGGAAGACCAACAAGAAAGGAGGAGAAGAGACACCGCCAAGCACAGCAUCAGUUGCGGACGCUGGACAGCACUCUUCGUGCCCAAAAUUGCAAGAGGAUCCGAAAGAGUCAAACACCUCAGGUGUGGUUGAUGCACAUGAGGCGUCACAGAAUUGCAGAGCGAAGACCAACAAGAAAGCAGGAGAAGAGACACAGCCAAGCGCAGCAUCAGUUGCAAACGCUGGACAGCACUCUUCACGUCCACAAUUGCAAGAGGAGUCAAACACCUCAGGUGCUGUUGACUUGCAGACUGUGUCAACCAACCGCGGGUCAGCGGACGGGGGCAAGAAAGAUCUGGGGGAGACAUCACCGUCAGACCCAGCAUCUGAUUUUGCUCCACAGUAUCCUGAGCGGACUCAGAGGGAGACAGUCCCGAUCCAAGCUGUCCCCCGUGCAAAGGCUUUGCUGCACGGCAUCCAUUUUCCUUCGGAUGGUUCUCGGAACGUAGAGCCGGUAGAGCUGGAUGAAGAGGAGAAUCUGGAGCCCACUGAGCCCACUGAGCCCACUGAGCCCACUGACUCGCGGCUGCUUCCCGCAUUUACCUUACCAUCCUGGUGCUCGAUCCAGAGGACAUUCAUCCAAUGCGUUGCAGUCGAUAGCCGGAAGGAACGACUUCCAGCUCGACCCCAGUCGACUCCAGCAAGGUCUGAGCAGCAUGAUUCACCUCAGCUGGAGCCUCCGAGCAGCUGUGUGAUGGAGGAUGUCUAG